AGUGGGCCUUUGCGGAAUUAACACUCCUAACAGCGUGCUCGAGCUAGGUCGGCGCUAAACGGUGAGAGGAGGGAAAAAACGAGAGAAUGGGGAACCCUCGCGUCUUCUUCGACAUUGGUUUUGAUAAGCAGUCGGUGGGCCGCAUCAUAUUCGAGCUAAGGAGCGAUGUUGUUCCAAAAACUGCAGAGAACUUCCGUGUGCUUUGUACCAAACCAGAGGGUGAGGGGUUUAAGGGAUCAGUUUUUCACCGAAUAAUUCCUAAAUUUAUGUGCCAAGGUGGAGAUUUCACAAAAGGCAAUGGCACAGGUGGCAAAUCCAUCUAUGGUAACAAAUUUCCAGAUGAGAACUUCAUACUCAAACAUGAAGGACCAGGAACACUGUCAAUGGCAAAUGCUGGGCCCAAUACAAAUGGAUCACAAUUUUUUAUCUGUACUGCCAAAACUAGUUGGUUGGAUGGGAAGCAUGUUGUGUUUGGCCGUGUGGUAGAAGGCUAUGAUGUUGUACAACAAAUGGAAUCAAAGGGAUCUCAGAGUGGAAAGACAAGUGUUACUGUUCGCAUUAUUGACUGUGGAAUGGUGUGAUGAGAACAUUCCUAUGGUGGCUGCUCAGUCUUUUUUCCAUUGGUACAUUGCUAUGAAGGUGGCAAAAUCCAAAUCUCAAGUUGAUUUGUGUAAUUGUACAUUUCCAAGUUACCUGAGGCUUUUGCCCAGGUUGGAGCGUAAACCAUCAAUUUUCCGUGAUCUGUGGCAGUGCUUAGCCUUUAACUUUUUCAUGAGGUUUAAUGGAACUAUUUGUUUAUUUUAGCCUUGUACUAAAACACUUCAUUCAAAUAAAAAUGUACAUUUGCUCACCAAA